GCUAAGCGUAAGAGGGACUACUCGUAGUCUAAACAAAAUUAUGAUUUUCACUUCGGCGAAGUUACGCAAUGUUUGAUCAUGAUUUGCAAAGGACUGGGUCACCCAAGUAAAUUCGACACUUUUUCAGUAUGCUUCCAUGGUAACGCUAGAAAAGCAAUUUGAAUGUGUUGGGUUUCGAUCAGACCGAUGGCCAUUAUGUGCUCAAGGGCACGAAGAGGAUAAAGCGAGUGAGUGAGUAAGUGAGCGAGUGGGUAUCCAACUGAUUUUCAUACAAGCCAAUAUUUGAAACAAUAAGUAACUUUUUAAUUUGUUUUGCGGGAUCUUUGUAUUGCAACAUCAGUGAAACCGAUACCCGCUCGCAGAGUCCGUUUCGGUAUUAUAAUAAAGUGGUUAUUCUCUCAAUGAGUCGUUUUUGUACGAUGUAAAACUCCGAUAGUCACGUAAAGCAAACAUUCUUUGUACCAGUGUUGAAAGAAAAGAUUGACACUCUUUCGUUUGCUCUGUUCAAAACGGACAACACGCAAUCGUAAUAAUCUCGCACUCUCGGCCAAAUUUCUAUUUGAGUUUUUUAUCAUGUCCAUCCGACAACUAUUUGUGCAAAACCUAAUAAAAUAAAAGUAGAAGAGUAUUGUUUGUGUCAAGAUCGCCGUCAUGCCCUCAGCACGCACAUAAUAAUGGAAUGUCAACAUUGUCUCGCGUAAUCGCCUCAGGCGACAAAAAGUGACUCUUAUUAUCCAAGCCGUAAAUUAAAUUUUGCAGUUGCUUGGUGAAACUUGUGCCGUUCACUGCAAAAUAACAUCUUGUUACGCCGACGAUCGACGUGGUGUCCUUUGAUUAUUUCGAUCGAUUUUCUGGGCAAAGUGAUGCCGCGUAUGAUUGCUUUUAGUUCAAUGAAACUGAAAAUUGACAGCGGUGGUAGAUAAUUGCCCAGCGAAGUGACGGCAACUGGGGCUCGACCACCAUGCGGCGAAGUAAAUUUUCAUCAAAAGAACAGAUUAAAGACCAGCAGCAUGCGAGUAGAGACAUAAUCCAGUUAUAUAACAGAGAAUCGAAAGCCCAGAGGGAAAGAAACAAGAAAAUUAUUGAAAUACAGCGAAAAGCGAGACGGAAGGAUGAUUCCCGUAAUCACUCACUGGAGGAAAAAGCGAGGAAUGAAAUGCGUAAGAACUCUCAAGCGAAAACUGGCUACAGUAUCAUGAAAUUGCCACUGAUUGAAACCCAAAGCAGGCCAAAUAAAACACGUAGAUUGAGUAAACGAUCGAGCGUGAAAGAUGUGGAUGAACAUUUCUUGCCGAACAUAGAUGUUGGUAACUCGAGAACUUAUGUGCGUGGCGCUCGAGUGAAAGAACCUUCGCGUGAUCCACGAUUUGAAGGUUUAAUUUCAUCCUUGUUGAUCAACGCGGACUAUUAUGGUGACUUGCAGAGAUUUGCACCGCCAAGAAGGGAAAUUGGUAAACGGACACGUUUAGGAUUGGGAUUUUAAACAUGUUGAAUUAUUUUAUGACACUGGAAUCAAGAACUAUUACACUUGAUGAACCCAUAUUCGAUUAAUGUCAUUUCCUUGAGAGAUAUAGAUUUAGCGACUUCAUUUUUAUUUCAGUACAUGAAUCUUUAUUUUUGAAAAAAAUCUAUUGUUCAAACAAAAUGACAAAUUCAGAAUUGUUUUUAUCCACGUCGAUAUUGAUAGUUUCUGAUUCAACCGGACAUAGAUCAGAAACACUGACUCGCCGAAGCCAGCUGGUCUUUUGCCGUACGCAGCUGGGGGUACCGUUCAUGUUACAAAGUCACUGUAUUUUUGCUUUACAAUGUCUUAUUCAAGCUUAUUCAGUAACCUCAUUUUAAAUUUUGCUACUACUUAAUUAUUUGCGGUAAAGCAAGCAGAACCUCCUGUUGGAGAAUUGAAAGAAUGGAUAGCCCUCAUGCCCGCGGUGAAAUGCUUUUCCUUGGUACAUGUAUAAAGCUGUGUUCACACUAGGCUGAAACAUGAUUAGUCUGAUCACGAAUGAAACAUGACGGCUUCGUUAUGAAAAGUGUUCACAUCAGACAGUGCAUUGCGCGAAUCAUGGUUGAAACAUGAUUAUUCUGAGCAUGAUUGAAACAACCUCGCGAGGUAGUGUCAAUCAUGAUCAGACCAAGCGCGUUCAAAGUGGCGGAUGGAUGCGGAGAGGAGGCGAGUGCCUAAAUGAACCAAAAUUGGGGCUAUUAUGAGGCCAAAUGUCUAGUUGAAAUAUGGGCCGAUGAAGAAAUACAACGGCAAUUAUCGGCGAUGGGUAGAAAGCAGAAUAUUUGGGAGAACAUUGCCGAAAAACUUAAUGUACCAUGAAACAGCAUAAAUUAUACAACCAUGCAUGAAACGUGUCUGAAUCCGACAUCUGAUAUGAAUAAUGCAAUAACAAACAUUUUUUGGCGAAAAAUGUUUCCUUGAAACAUGUUUACUCUAAUCAUGUUUCGGCUUUAAUGUGAACACAGCUUAAAUCUUUUCUGAACGUUUCCUAAAAUUAUUGCCGUCCAUUUCGUAGUCUUGCUGUAAAAGCUUGUUUAGUUUGAGCAUCUUUUUCGUUCGUUAGCCUGGGUCGCAAUGUAUCUCCAGAGGGUCCGGUAUCCAGGACCUGAUGGUGGUCAAACAGGCCACUGUCGAUAUAUCAAAAUUGAGCUUGAUAUUGAGGCCUAGAGGACACAAACAAAAGAAAUGAAUAAACAUGCUCAUUUAAUUUCCUUUGUUUGUGUCCUCUAAGUCUCACUACCAAGCUGAAUUUUAAUACAUCAAAAACGGUCUAUUGUGACCAUCCAAUGUCUUUUACUACAGUGAUACAUGUGGUAACAUGUCUCUUUAGCUGAAUACUGAGACGUCUUUUGGUCCUGAAAGGUCUUGUGUACAGGUCGGUACCGUGCUUUCUCUAGUCCUUGGUGUGUCAGUCCAUUCCAGUUCACUGACUUUACGCCUCAAAAUUAGCAAUUCAUCGCGUUGACGGCUUUGUCACGCACGUACAAAAAUGUGCUAAAUUACCAACGGAUGAUACCGCAAAUCUCUUUCACCGACUGCAGCCUAUUCUUCUGCGAUCCUUUGACAUGAGAGUUACAUUUCGUGUUCUGUGUAUAGCCGUGAACUGUACUGUCCUUUUUAUACUGAAGUCAACGCAAGCCGAGUUCAACGGGGACCGACUUUCCCCCGUUGUGCAGACUGAGUCUGGUGCCGUCAUUGGCAAGAUUGAGAAGCUUCCAUACGGCAAAUCAGUACACGAGUAUCUUGGUAUCCCGUAUGCUGAACCUCCGGUCGGCAAAUUAAGGUUUGCAGCUCCAAAGCCCCUCAAACCUUGGUCAGGAGUGAAACGUGCCACAAAGUUCGGAGCCUCGUGUCCACAGCCAUCAGUUUCGUAUCGUGGCACCGAGAUCAAUUUUACUCGGUCAGGAGGAAACAUUGAGGAUUGCCUUUUUCUCAACGUCUUUGUCCCGGCAUCUGUCAAGCCCAAUGACAAGAUGGCGGUGAUGGUGUGGAUUCAUGGCGGCGCAUUUGCUUAUGGUACUGCCUCUCAUUAUCCUGCUGGGGUUUUAGCGACCUUCAAUGACGUCAUCGUUGUGUCAAUCAACUAUCGUCUUGGAAUACUCGGCUUCUUCAACAUCCCUGAUACUGAUUAUAAAGGAAAUUAUGGAAUGUUGGAUCAGGUCCUGGCAUUAAAGUGGGUUCAAUCCAACAUUGCAAGGUUUGGUGGUGAUCCUAACAGAGUGACCAUUUUUGGUCAAAGUGCAGGAGGAAUGAGCGUGUCUCUUCAUUUAGUGUCGCCAUUGUCCAAAGGCUUGUUUCACAGAGCUAUUAUGCAGAGCGGUACGUCUUCGUCGCCGCUUUACUGUGGAAAAGUUACCAACACAAAGCAGCUAGAGGCGUUUGCUAAGCGUAUAAACUGCAGUUUGGGACCAGAUCUUGUUGACUGCGUGCGAGGUAAGACAGUUGAGGAGAUUACAAAGGCUAAAAGUGGGAUCACGAUUUCUAAAAGCAUUGGUUCUCAAAACAUUGUGGGACCUACAGUUGAUGGAGAAUUUCUACCAGAUCUACCAGAGACCCUGUUUAAAACGGGUCAAUUUCACGCUGAUGUUCAAGUAAUAACUGGCGUCACUUCCAACGAAGGUGCUUUAUUUGCAAUGAUUAUGCCUCGUUACCAAGUGAAAGAUGGAGUAUCAUUAGAAAUGUUUGAGUCUGUUGUCAGGAAUGGAAUGAUUUAUGGUCGACAAAAGCGCAAACCUGUCGAAGAUUUAACUCUGUUCCACUACACUAACCAUGCAGACCCUAACAACCGAAUUGCUGUUCGUCAGUCGAUGAUGAACUGUUUUAGUGAUUCAGGGUUCAUUGCACCCCUCGUGCUGGAGGCAAAGGCUUUGGCAAAGAUAGGACUUCCACCUUAUGUUUAUGUGUUCAACCAUCGACCAGUGUACUCCACGCUGCCUGACUGGAUUGGUGUGGCACAUGGCAUGGACCUUGCACUUGUGUUUGGCGCGCCAUUUAAGAACAUACCUGACCUAUUCGUUAAUGCUUUAACAAAAAAGUACUCCGAAAUAGACAAGGGGGUGAGCUUGUAUAUAAUGAGACUAUGGACGGAUUUUGCCAAAUAUGGAUCUCCAAAUCCACCUGAUUCUGGUCCUUCGUCAGUCACGUGGCCUAAAUUUACACAGCAAGAGCAGGCACAUCUCAUAAUCGACGUGGACCCGAGGGUGGAACAUAGGUUCAGGGCAAAAAAGGUGGCGUUUUGGAAUGAAAUUGUUCCUAAUCUGCUCCAGCCCACGCGAGUGAGGGUAGAAAAAUUUCAAGAUCACACACAAAAGGAUGAACUUUGAUCAGCAUAAGGACGUUAAAGCAACUGAAAUUAAAUAAUAAAGCUUUCUUUGAACCGUAUUUCAACAGGUUCUAAUUUGAUUGUCCAGGUGAAGGCAGUUCCAACGAGGACUGAACCUGUCUUCUAGAUCUUCUGCAACCUUCGACAUCCUGAGCCGUACACUCAACCAACGAGGAGCCCCUCGUCCACUUUUUCCUUAGGUAGUCGAGCGUUCUUGUGUUGUUUGUACAGUUGAAGGGCUUAGCAAAUAGGAGCUGUUCGUAGUCCAGCUGAAUGAUCACCCUAUUUUGUGAACGACGUGUUCCAUCUGGCAUCCUUGACCAUGAUUUUCAGAUUACCAGACUGGAUGAGGACUCCUGGGAAAUGAACUUUGACCAGGAAGACCAAGGAAUAAAUAUAUCGCUGCCGAGAUGGCACAAUGAUAA